AGCACACGCACAUCCUUCGGAAAUUUUGAUCACUCAAUUAUUUCUUUCUUUAUCAUGCCGGGAAGUAGUUCAAGAAGUAAACCCCGCAUAGAAAAAAGGAAACUUUAUGAAAAUGCGAAUGGGAAUGAUGAGUUUUCGACGGAUGCAAAAUGUCGAAAAGACAAGAUUUAUGGCCGGAGUGACGAUGAGGGCGAGGUUGUGAAUGUUGAUGAUAUCAAGUUGAAUUCGAAAGUUUAUGAUGAUGAUAGUAAGUAUGAGAAAGUUGAAAAUCAAGCAAGGAAAAGCGGAAGGGAACGUAAUGAGUGGCACGCAGAAGAAGAAUUGCGAAAAACUGGGUUAGAGAAAGAGCAACUUGAUAAGAGAAUGAAGAGAAGAGGAGGUUACAGUGACAAUGAUAUUGAACACAAGGAUGAAGUGUAUACGUAUCAGGAAAAUGGUGAGCGAGCUAGCAAAAGUAGGGAUGUUAAGCAUCAAGCAGGAAAUGAAAAUGAUAACAAACACAAGAACGGGAAAUACCGAGAAAAUAGUGAAAGAGAUAGACACCGAGAAGAUAAAUAUCGCGAAGAUGGUAAUAGAGAUUAUAAGCACAAGGAAGGGCGAUAUCGAGAAGAUGUUGACCAGGACCAUAGACACAAUAUAAGACUGCCGAGAGAUGAUACUGAUAGAAGGAAAAGAUCUAGAGUCUACUCUAGUGAGUUUGAGAACAGGAAUCUGAAGGACGAUAAUUAUAGGAAAACAAAUAAUCGUGGUGGAACCCUAAUUAAUGAUGAUCGAGCUGACAUGCGUAAUAGAAGGAGAGAUGGUAAAGAUGAAGUUACCGAUCAUAUGACUCGUAUCGUCAAGGAGCAAAGGUCAGAAUCAGAGAAAAGAUUUCUGAGUUCUGAUAGAGGAUGGCCUACUUCUCGCAAUGAUGAUAAGAAAAUGACAGCCAACUCUAUUCAUCACAGGAGCUCCCCUACUGGCACAUUUUACCCUUCAAGAGAUCAUCACAGGGUUUCUAAGCAAGAAGAGCAUAAUGUUAAAUUUAACAGAGAUGAUAAAACUUUCCGCUCACUGGAUAAAAUCACCCAGAAAAGUGACAACCAUGUUAAUGAUGGACCAGGCCAGACAGGGAUGAGAUCAGAUAUGCACCCGUCUGCCAUACCCCCUUCACCAAAAAUUAACGAAGACAGGGAUUUGAACAAGCUUGAUGUUAGGAGUAAUGUUGAUGUCAAAGAAUCAGGACAACGAAAUCUAAGUAGCCCAUUAGGUUUUGGUUCUAACAUGGGAAUUUGGUCUAGUGGUCAAACCAACUGGAAUAAAAUUCCAAAUUGGCCCCCCAAUUCAGCCAAUGGUAAUUACAUGCCCUUCCACCACGUUCCUCCUCCAAGUUUUAACCCGGUUAUGCAGCAAUUUCGCCCUCCAUUGUUGCCUCCACUGUUUGGUAGACCCCCAGUGAGCAUGAAUCAUGGUGGUAUGCCUUUUACUGGUCAUGGGAAUCCCAUUGCAUGGAGCAAUCAAGUGGCAAUUCCACCACCUUUGCAAAGCUGGGAAUUAAACAAUGCUGUAUUUGGUGAUGGACCUCAUGAAUAUGGGAACUGGGACCAUGGUAGAACUCAAAUGAACCGUAAAAUUAUGGAGUCAAGUGCUGACAUGGAAUUUGGUGCCCAGAAGAUUGACCAAUCGGUACAUGAGCCCUCUGACGAUUUUUGGUUCGCACAGACUAGCCAGCACAUUGAGAAUGAACAAAGCCUGCCCGCUAUACUGACUGAGACUGCAGACAACACUCCAGAAGUUAUGGAGGUGACAAAAGUGGACGAUACUUUAAUUUCUCGGGGUUAUCUUUCAAAGCUUGACAUCUCUGAAGAUCUUACUAGGCCUGAACUUUAUGACCAGUGCAUAAGGAUGUUGGGUUCACAUGAAGAAUCAGUCUCUGAUGAAUUUGAUUGCAAGAUAUUGUUUUUAGAGGAGGGUGUAGAAGAUGAUAUUAAUAAGGAGGCUUCACUGCUUUCUGCUAUACAUGAUUCUGUUUAUAAGAAAGCCAUGUCGCUUUACACAAAGCAAAAGAAUGAUGCUAAAUUGAUGGAGGAAGCUUUCAAGGGUGCAGUGCAUGAUGAAGUAAAGAUCCAGAAACAUGAUAUGGAUCCUGUGAAUGGACAUACGGCCCGCAACAAGCCUGAGAUAUCUGAUGAAUCAAUCUCAUCUUCAAACAAGCUGAACAUGGAGGUGGACCUUUCUGUCAAAAAGAAUAACAAAGAGAGUUGUGAACCUGGAGAUAUUACUCAUGACAAGCCCGAGACAUCUGAUGAAUCGACAUCCUCUUCAAACAAGAUUGGCAUGGAGGUGGAACAACCUGUUCCAAAGAAUGAUAAAGAAAGUUGUGAACCAUUUGUUGGUGAGUGUGAAGUCAAACCCAAACAUUCUUUCGAUGACUACAAUGGUAGCAAGGAGCUUGAUAUAUCAAGUGGUGAUGGUUCUUUCUUGGUUUUGAAGAAUGUGUCGAGUAAUGAGUUAAUUGAAUUAGGGUCAGUAGAUAGGAGUCAAAUACAUCAACAUUCUGCUGAAAGUACACAUUGAGACUAUCAUCUAUUCUUGCCCUUAAAUUGGCCUGUUGAUGUUUUCCUAUCAGUCUGCUUAUAAACUUUUAGCUUUGCUUCUUUAAUAGCCAAAUCCAAUAAAACUGUGAAAACGUCUCUAAUUCCA